CCUAAUCUCCAAUUAAAUAUAUUUAUAUUUAUAUAUAUGAUCAUUAUUACUAUUAUUUGCUCCUCACUUCAAAGGUCUUAACAAUUUUCAAUUUAAACCCUAAUAACCUUUUUUAAUUCUUAUUCUUUUUUCACUUUAGUCCACUGAUAACACUCCGGCGGUAGUUUGGCGGCCAGCUACUGUUUUACUGCAACAAUCAGGAGAUGGGUAGACUGGUAAAGAAGCCGUUCAACAAGAAAUCAGAGGACAGGCUGAAAACAUUUCAAAAACCAUCUAAAAAGCCUUUUAAACCACCUCAGAAAUCGAAGGAUAAUGUCGUUGUUCCUAUUCAGCCUGAAGAUGAUGUUCCUGACUUUCCUAGAGGCGGACAGAGUUCAUUAAGUAGGGCAGAGGUUGAUAAAGUUCGGGCAGAGGUCGAUAAAGAGUUUGAAACCGAAAAUAUGGUCUUGAAGAAGAAGAAGAAGAGAGAUGUAGUUAAGAACUUUACUCGAUCAACUGAGGAUGACUUGGGUUCACUUUUUGCUGAUGGGAACACGGGAAAAACGCCUAGGUUUGCUAAUAAGAUCACUUUGAAGAAUGUAACACCUGGAAUGAAGUUGUGGGGUGUAGUUUCGGAAGUGAAUGAGAAAGAUCUUGUAGUUAGUCUUCCAGGAGGUCUUCGUGGGUUAGUCCGCGCCUCUGAAGCAAUAGAUCCUCUGUUACAUGAUGAUUUUAGAGGGGAAUCAGAAGGUGAUGUACUUUCUGCCGUAUAUACUGUUGGUCAACUGGUUUCAUGCAUAGUACUUCAGUUAGACGAUGAUAAGAAAGAGAAAGCAAAGCGCAGGAUCUGGCUUUCUUCACGUCUAGCAUUGUUGCAUAGCAGCUUUACCUUGGACACGCUUCAAGAAGGGAUGGUCAUUAAUGCAUAUGUUAAAAGCAUUGAAGACCAUGGUUACAUGCUUCAUUUUGGAGUAACUUCUUUUAGUGGUUUUAUGCCAAAAAGCAGCAAAGAAGCAGGAACGAAGGACACCAAGAUGGUUGUUGGGAUGCUAGUUCAAGGUGUUGUAAAGAGUAUCGAUAAAACUCGCAAGGUCGUUAAUCUUAGUUCUGAUCCUGAAGAGGUGGCAAAAUGUGUGACAAAGGAUCUUAAAGGCAUUCCCUUCAAUUUGCUCGUCCCUGGCAUGAUGGUCAAUGCUCGUGUGUUGUCAACCCUUGAAAAUGGCAUUAUGCUCUCCUUCCUCACCUUUUUUACUGGAACUGUUGAUGUUUUUCAUCUGGGAACAACUCUUCCCACUUCAAAGUGGAAAGAUGAGUACGCUCAAAACAAGAAGGUCAAUGCCCGUGUACUCUUCAUCGAUCCGUCAACCAGAGCUGUUGGUUUGACUCUGAAUCGCCAUCUUGUUCAUAACAAUGCUCCACCAGCGCUUGUCAAAGUUGGAGAUAUAUUUGAUGAUUCAAAAGUGAUCCGAGUCGAUACAGGAUCAGGCCUGCUGCUGGAAAUCCCUUCUGCUCCUAUUCCGACUCCAGCAUAUGUUAACGUGUCAGAUUUGUCUGAUAAGGAAGUCCGAAAAUGGGAAAAGAGCUUUAAGGAAGGAAGCCUUGUUCGUGUGAGAGUUUCUGGUUUUCGUCUUUUGGAGGGGCUUGCUACUGGUGUUUUGAAGACAAGUGCAUUUGAAGGCUCUGUUUUCACUCACUCUGAUGUCAGACCUGGAAUGGUGGUGAAAGCCAAAGUUAUUAUUGUUGAUAGCUUCGGUGCAAUUGUGCAAUUUGCCAGUGGUGUGAAGGCACUCUGUCCUCUUCGUCACAUGUCUGAACUUGAAAUUAUAAAACCUAGAAAAAAGUUUCAGGUUGGGGCUGAGUUACUCUUCCGUGUGCUUGGUUGCAAGUCUAAAAGAAUAACUGUCACACACAAGAAGACACUUGUAAAGUCGAAGCUUCCGGUUCUUAGCUCAUAUAUGGACGCAACUGAAGGACUAUGGACACAUGGAUGGAUAACUAAAAUUGAAAGUCAUGGUUGCUAUGUUCGGUUUUACAAUGGCGUUCAAGGAUUUGCCCCCAGAGCCGAGCUUGGAUUAGAUCCUGGAUCCGAUGUGAAUUCAAUGUACCAUGUUGAUCAAGUCGUCAAAUGCAGAGUUACAAGUUCACUUCCAGCUUCAAGGAGGAUCAACCUUAGUUUCCUAGUGACCUCCGCAAGGACAUCUGAAGAUGAUGAAGUGAAACUUGGCAGUCUUGUAUCCGGUACUGUAACACGAGUAACUCAAAAUGCAAUAAUAGUUGAUAUUGGUGUUAAGGGUUACAUCAAGGGCAAGAUUUUUUCUGAACAUCUGGCAGACAACCAUGGACUUGCUUUGGUAAUGAAGUCCAUGUUGAAACCUGGAUACAAGUUUGAAAAACUUUUGGUUCUAGAUGCCGAGAACAAUAACUUGAUACUAACUGCCAAGUAUUCUCUUGUCAAUGCGGCUCAGCAAUUGCCUGAGGAUGCGAGUCAAGUUCAUCCGCAUUCAGUUGUUCCCGGUUAUAUCUGUAAUAUCAUUGACACUGGUUGUUUUGUGCGGUUCAUUGGGCGAUUAACUGGUUUUGCACCUAAAAACCGGGCUGUGGAUGACAACAGAGUUGAUUUAUCUGAAGUUUUCUAUAUUGGGCAAUCUGUUCGCAGUAACAUACAAGAUGUUAAUAGUGAAACGGGUAGGGUAACACUAUCCUUGAAGCAGUCAUUGUGCUCUUCAACAGAUGCUUCAUUCAUUCAAGAAUACUUCCUCUUACUGGAAAAGAUUGCCGAGCUGCAUUAUUCUGAUCUGAAGUCCUCUAGUUUGAAAUGGGUGAAAGAUUUUCCGAUUGGUAAUGUGAUUGAAGGAACAGUUCACGCAACAAAAGAAUCUGGAGUUAUUAUCAGCUUCCAGAAAUACGCUGAUGUUUUUGGGUUUAUCACACAUUACCAACUUGGUGGAUCAACUAUAGAUAUUGGUUCAACUAUCAAAGCUACGAUACUUGAUGUAGCCAAGAUGGAUCGCCUUGUGGAUCUGUCCUUGAAAACCGUGUUGGUUAACAGAGACAUGGAGAACACUGAUUCCCGAACUCCGAAAAAGAUGCGCAAAAGGUCAGCCCCCAAAAACUUGGAGGUGCAUCAAACUAUAACUGCAGUAGUGGAAAUUGUGAAGGAGAAUUAUAUUGUUCUUUCUAUUCCGGAUGCAAAUUAUGCUGUGGGAUAUGCAUCUUUAAGCGACUACAACACUCAAGGAUUGCCUCCAAAACAGUUUGUCAGUGGACAACGGGUGAUUGCAUCUGUUAUGGCUCUUCCAGAUUCUUCAACAGCAGAAAGGUUGUUAUUGCUUCUCAAGUCUAACAGUGAGAUCAUGGAAUCUUCCAGUGCAAAGAGGGCAAAAAAGAAGUCAAGCUAUGAUGUUGGAACUAUUGUCCAGGCAGAGGUAACUGAAAUAAAGCCUCUUGAGCUUAAAUUGAAAUUUGGUUCUAGUUUACAUGGGCGGAUUCAUAUCACAGAGGCGCUUGAUGGUAAUAUCCAUGAGGGGCCAUUUAAUAAAUAUAAAGUUGGGCAGACGCUGACAGCAAAGAUUGUGUCAAAAAUGAAAGCUGAAAAUAGUAAUAAUUUUCGGUGGGACUUGUCCAUCAGAACCUCUGUUCUUGCAGAUCAAUCAGAUGUGUGUACACCACAAGAUUUUAGUUAUUCAGUUGGUCAAAGAGUGAAUGGGUUUGUAUACAAAGUGGAUAAAGAUUGGGUCUGGCUAGCAGUAACUCGAGAUAUACGGGCACAACUAUAUAUUCUUGACAGUGCAUGUGACCCUUCCGAGCUUCAGGAUUUCCAGAACCGGUUUCAUGUUGGAAAACUCGUCUCCGGUUACAUUUUAAGUACGAAUAAAGAAAAAAGAUUGUUGCGCCUACAAUUGCAGCCACUAGCUGGUGGACUAAUUGUUGAUAGUGCUUCCAUGAAAGAUGAUUCUGAAACUGUCGCAUCUCAUAUUUGCGAGAGUGCAGUUGUCGGCGGCAGAAUAUCUAAAAUACUGCCAGGCGUUGGUGGUUUGCUUGUGCAAAUCGAUCCACAUCUUUCAGGCAAGGUCCAUUUUACUGAAUUAUCGGAUUCUUGGAUAUCCAAUCCAUUGUCUGGCUAUCAUGAAGGGCAGUUUGUGAAAUGCAAAGUACUUGGAAUUGGUCGUUCAGGAACCGGUAGUGUUCAUGUUGAUCUGUCUUUGCGCCUAUCUUUAAUUGGGACAGAUUGUAAAUCUCAAGUUAAUCGAUAUGAAAUGAUUGAAGAUCUUCAUCCUGAUAUGGUUGUAGAGGGUUAUGUUAAGAAUGUCACACCAAAGGGAUGUUUCAUUAUGCUUUCUAGGAUGCUUGAUGCUAAAAUCCUUAUCUCAAACUUAUCUGACGACUUUGUCUUAAAACCGGAAGAAGAGUUUCCUAUAGGGAAACUUGUAACUGGCAGGGUGCUUUCUUUGGAGCCUUUAUCGAAGAGGAUUGAAGUUAGUCUUCGUACAACAAGUGAUAAGAAAGAACCAAAAUCUGACAUUGAUAACUUUAAUAGCCUCCAUGUCGGAGAAAUAAUAUCUGGAAGGGUUAAGCGUAUCGAGACGUAUGGUUUAUUUAUCACAAUCGAUCAAUCUAAGAUGGUUGGACUCUGUCAUGUCUCCGAGCUUCCUGAGGACCAUGCGGAGAACUUGGAAGCUAAGUACAAAGUUCGUGAGAAAGUGAAGGCCAAAAUUCUUAAGAUUGAUGAAGAAAGAGAGAGAAUCUCUUUAGGGAUGAAGAAAUCAUAUUUUGAUACCAGUGCUGAUUUUGGAACACCGGCAAAUCAAGGUUCUGAUUCCUCUGAUGAGGAAGAUUCUGAAUUUGACGAUCAAGACCCUUCUGCAUUCCAUGGGCCAGUGAUUUCUUUCGACAAUGGGAAGCAUCCAGUGUUAGCUGCAGUGGAAUCCAGGGCUUCUAUUCUUCCACUCGAAGUUCCUUUGGAUGAAACAGAGGAAUCCCUUGUGGAUGAUGCACUUUCACAAAGUCCAGGACCCCUUGAUAACCUAACUGAAAAGAGCGAUAACAAAAUUAGGCGCAACAAAAAGAAAGAGAUGGAAGAAAGAGAGCGAAAAAUUAGGGCCGCCGAGGAAAGACAGUUACAGAAUGACACACCGACGACUGCUGAUGACUUUGAGAAGUCGAUCAGAAGCUACCCCAAUAGCAGUCGUACCUGGAUAAGUUAUAUGGCUUUUUUGCUCAAAAUAAAUGAAGUUGAGAAGGCCCGAUCAAUGGCUGAGAGGGCUUUAAGGACGAUCAAUUUCAGGGAAGAGUCAGAGAAGCUAAAUGUGUGGGUUGCUUACAUCAACUUGGAGAAUAAAUACGGAAACCCUCCAGAGGAAGCAGUAGUGAAAGUAUUUCAAAGGGCAUUGCAGGUCUGUGAUCCCAAAAAAAUCCAUUUUGCAUUACUACAUAUGUACGAGGAGACUGAGCAACACAAAUUGGCUGAUGAGCUUCUUGAAAAGAUGAUUAAGAAGUUUAAGCAUUCCCGCAAGGUCUGGUUAAGGAGGAUACAAAGAGUGUCAAAACAAAAUGAGGAUCUGGUCCAGUCAGUAGUAAAGCGUGCUCUCAUAUGCCUUCCCAAACACAAACAUAUCAAGUUCAUUCAGGAUACGGCAAUCUUUGAGUUUCAUAGUGGGGCUCCUGAUAGAGGAAGAUCAAUGUUUGAAGGAGUGCUUCGCGAAUACCCGAAAAAAACAGAUCUGUGGCAUCGCUACCUAGACCAGGAGAUUCGGCUUGGAGAUGUCGAUGUGAUUCGUGCUUUAUUUGAGAGAGCCAUAUGUUUAGAGCUGCCACUUAAAAAGAUGAAGGGUUUAUUUAAAAAAUACCUAGAAUAUGAAAAGUCUCAUGGUGAUGAAGAAAGAGUCGAAUAUGUCAAGACAGAGGCACUUAAAUAUAUAGAGAAAUCCCGCCCUUGAUAAGAGCUAUUCACUCUGCACAGCUUUUGCAAGCCUUUGAAAGGGUGUUUUAUGCACCAUGGUUACCUAAAGAUUUGAAAAAGAUGUGAUUGGUAAACCAGAAAUCCAGAAUCAGCAUAUGGCCAAUCAAGUCCAGUUUUGUAAUGAAAGGGCCGUCCUCCUUUAAUAUUUUGCAACUAUACAGAGAUUGAUCAAGAGGUUGUAUUUGGAUUGCAAGCCUUUAAUAUUUAUGCGGCUUAAUUUAACGCGGUUUAUUUGAGUAAAUUGUAAGCCUUGUAUCAUAGUUUCAUAUCCUAUUUGAGUUAAUAUCCUAUUUGAGUUAAUAUUAACUGAA